AUGACUGAGAUAUAUGUGAAAGAAAUAUUCAAGCAAAAAUGCCCAAAUGAUGCUUUAGAGUCUUACCUUGUCCAUGACAGCUUUACCAAUCAUGAGGAUACAAAGAUAGCAUGUAAAACCUCUUCCAAAAUAAACACAAAUUCAUUCAGCCAACAUACAACAUUAAGCCAUAAUUCAUUGAAGAGAUCUGACUUUCCCAGUGAUUUUGCAUUUGGCGUUGCAACUUCUGCUCCACAGAUAGAGGGAUCAACAAAAUCUGGAGGAAAAGGAGAAAGUGUUUGGGAUUACCUCGUUGAGAAAAAUCCAGAAAAAAUUGAUGAUCGUGGUACUUUGAAGGCCAUCGACUCAUAUCGGCGCUACAAGGAAGAUGUGAUAUUGUUGAAGAAGCUUGGUGUAAAUGAUUAUAGAUUUUCCAUUUCUUGGAACAGGAUUCUACCUAAUGGAUCGUUGAGUGGUGGAGUAAACCAAGAGGGUAUCAAUCACUACAAUAGUCUUAUCGAUGAAUUAAUUACAAAUGGCAUCGCACCGUUUGUGACUUUGUUUCACUUCGAUUUGCCACAAAGCCUGCAAGAAAAAUAUGGAGGCCCCUUAAGUCGUGCCUUUAUUGAUGACUUCAGGGACUAUUCUAAUGUAUGCUUUGAGUCAUUUGGAGAUAGAGUUAAAAAUUGGAUUACAAUCAACGAGCCACUGAUUAUAGCAAGAUUCGGUCAUGACAUUGGGUUCGCUCCCCCAUGCAGAUGCUCAGAUAGAAAACAGUGUUCAGAAGGUAAUUCAGCCACAGAACCUUAUAUUGUAACUCAUAAUCUUCUACUCGCCCAUGCGACAGCCGUUAAACUAUACAGAAACAAGUACCAACCAAAGCAAGCGGGACAAAUUGGACUCAGCCUUGUGGCACAAUUUUAUGAACCUUACUCAGAUUCGGUAGAGGAUAGAAUGGCAGCAAAAAGAGCAAUGGACUUUGAUUUAGGAUGGUAUAUGGAACCGCUAGUAUUUGGCAAAUAUCCUGAAAGCAUGAAACAAAUAGUGAAUCAAAGGCUACCUACUUUCAGCAUUGAAGAGGAAAAGCUGGUGCACAGAUCUUUUGACUUCAUUGGUAUAAAUUAUUAUACUUCAAGGUAUGCCAAGAACAUCCCCAUAGAUCUCGAAGCUCCACCAUUCAGCUCUGUUGCCGAUCGAUUCAUAAUUGAAUUAGUGUCAAAAAAUGAAUCUCUUAUUGGACCAAAGGAUGGAGGAAGCAGUUACAUUUACGUUUAUCCAGUUGGGCUGGAGAAAAUUUUAGUGUGGAUGCAUAAACUUUACAGAAGGCCAGUAAUAUACAUUACUGAGAAUGGGAUUUCCGAGAAACGGAAUGAUAGCCUUCCGCUUAAUGUUUCAUUAAAAGAUCCAUAUCGGAUUAGCUUUGUUCUUCAGCAUUUGUAUCGGAUCAAAGAAGCAAUUCAGUUAGGAGUGAACGUGAAAGGGUAUUUUUAUUGGAAUGCAUUUGAUGAUUUUGAAUGGAGGGAGGGGUUCAAUCCCAGGUUCGGAUUUUAUUCUGUGGACUACAAAAGAAAUCUCACCCGUGUCCCAAAACUCUCUGCCAAAUGGUUCCGAGGUUUUCUCCAAGACAAUUAA